GCGGCUGAGCUCGGGGCGGGCAGCGGGGCCGGGGCCGGGACCGGGGCUGUGCGGCCGCGGACAUGGCCAACCGCACGGUGAAGGACGCGCACAGCAUCCACGGCACCAACCCGCAGUACCUGGUGGAGAAGAUCAUCCGCACGCGCAUCUACGAGUCCAAGUACUGGAAGGAGGAGUGUUUCGGCCUCACGGCCGAGCUGGUGGUGGACAAGGCCAUGGAGCUGAAGUACGUGGGGGGGGUCUAUGGAGGGAACAUCAAGCCCACGCCCUUCUUGUGCCUGACGCUGAAGAUGCUGCAGAUCCAGCCCGAGAAGGACAUCAUCGUGGAGUUCAUAAAAAACGAGGACUUCAAGUAUGUCCGAAUGCUUGGAGCGCUGUACAUGAGGCUGACAGGCACUGCCAUCGACUGCUACAAGUACCUGGAACCUCUGUACAACGACUACAGAAAAAUAAAGAGCCAGAACAGAAAUGGGGAAUUUGAGCUGAUGCACGUGGAUGAGUUCAUUGACGAGCUGCUCCAUGAGGAACGUGUGUGCGAUAUCAUUCUGCCUCGCUUGCAGAAACGGUAUGUUCUGGAAGAAGCUGAGCAGCUCGAGCCUCGUGUUAGUGCUCUGGAAGAAGACAUGGAUGACGUAGAAUCUAGUGAGGAGGAAGAAGAGGAAGAUGAAAAGCUGGAGCGAAUACCAUCUCCCGACCACCGGCGCCGGGGAUACAGAGACCUGGACAAACCCCGCCGCUCUCCCGUGGUGCGGUACAGGCGCAGCCGGAGCAGGUCUCCAAGGAGGCGAAGUCGCUCUCCAAAGAGAAGAAGCCCAUCACCGCGCCGGGAGAGGCACCGCAGCAAAAGCCCGAGACGGCACCGCAGCAGGUCCAGGGAAAGGCGCCACAGAUCCAGAUCGAAAUCUCCAGGGCAUCACCGAAGUCACAGACACAGAAGUCAUUCCAAAUCACCUGAAAGAUCUAAGAAAAGUCACAAAAAGAGUCGUCGAGGGAAUGAAUGACAAACUAAACCCAGCACACAGUUUAAGGACCUUGACCUGCAGUCUAAUGCUGUCCCAUCUGCUUUAUGGGACAGCUGGAUCUGUACUGGCUGCUUUAGCAGCCCAUGUCUUCAAUCAUUCUCCUCUUGUGCGAGUCUCAUUGGGUGUUGGGAUUUUUUUAUUAAAAAAAGUUAAGGAUACUUAUUAUGUAGUGAGUUAGUCAUCCUUGGGAUAGAAUUUGAGGAUUGUUUUUUAAAUUGUUUUCCUCAAGGCCCAUAAAAGCUACUGAAGAGCAAUAAAAAAGGUUUGUCUUUCAA